UGCUGCAAGCCUACUGGGUUCUAUAAUGACGUGUCACUUGUCUAGGGGGAGGAGUGAGAUAAUAAAGAAAUAAACAAACAAGUGAAUGCAAAUCCACCUAAACGCCACCUAUCUAGCUUCUCUGUUUCGAAGAUCGCAGGUGGUGAACGGUGGCAUCAGUGAGGUUUAAGAGCGCCACUGUUAAGGGGAAUGAGAAGGAGCGCUCGACCCAUAGUGAGAGGCGAAAUAGGAGGCUGAAAAACGGAAGGCUGUGGCGAGGAUAAUAAUCCUUAGCUGGAGGAGAGAAGAAAAACUGGUCGGUCGAGCAUCAUCCACGACGAACCGUCAUUUUAUAAGGAGGCUACGUACAACCCGUUACCGUAAGGAAUUUAUGUAGACUUAAGGCCAUUGAAAGGGGUAGGCAAUUUCAUUUGAAAUGUAGGCUAGUAUUAAAUGCCGAAAUCUUUUUUUUUUUAAAACGCCACAUAAAACAAAUACACGUUUAUUGGAGAUUUUCGUCCAAGAAUUUUGCCCAGCGCAUCAACCAAUUUUAUUGCAUAUGAAGGAUACAUCACACAUCUGAUAUAAGGCAGUCUUAAUUGACAUUUCGGAUUUCGCCUAGGCCAGGCCUGAAGUAGGCUUAGUUUAUCAAUAAAAUUUACUCGAGAAAAAGGAACGCAAGGCUCAACCUUAUAUCUGAUAUCUAGGCUGACUAUUUUUACUAUAUCCUGAUUCAUCUCCCCAGUGGGUUUUUAAGGGCAGUUUGGAAUACCGCGACUGGCUGUGCUUUGGGGGGGGGGACAUUUUUGACGUUUAAUUCGUGAGGUCUGACGCCACGGAGAGAAGAUGUCGGGGCAGACACUGACCGACCGCAUUGCCGCGGCGCAGUACAGCUUGACAGGAUCCGAGGUUUCUCGAGCUGUCUGCAAAGCCACCACUCAUGAGCAGACAGCACCUAAGAAAAAACACCUUGAAUAUCUGAUUGAGGCUACUAAGGAGUCCAAUGUAAACAUCCCCCAGAUGGCAGACACGUUGUUUGAGAGGGCCACCAAUGCCAGCUGGGUGGUGGUCUUCAAAGCCCUGAUCACCACGCACCACAUGAUGGUCGCCGGCAACGAGAGGUUCCUCCAGUUCCUCGCCACCAGGAACACUCUAUUCAACCUCAGUAACUUUCUGGACAAAACAGGUUCCCACGGCUACGACAUGUCCACUUUUAUCAGACGCUACAGCCGGUACCUCAACGAGAAAGCAUUUGCCUACCGACAGAUGUCUUUCGACUUUUGCAGGGUGAAGAAGGGAGCGGAGGGGGUGAUGAGGAUGAUGCCCGUAGAGAAGCUGUUGAAAGGAAUGCCCACUCUGCAGAGCCAGAUAGAUGCCUUGUUGGAGUUUGAUGUCCAUCCCAAUGAGCUGACCAAUGGAGUUAUCAACGCAUGUUUCCUGUUGAUGUUCAAAGACCUGAUCAAAUUAUAUGCUUGCUACAACGAUGGGAUCAUCAACCUAUUAGAGAAAUUUUUCCAGAUGAAAAGAGGACAGUGCAAAGAUGGGCUGGAGAUCUAUAAGAGAUUUUUGACACGAAUGACCAGGGUCUCUGAGGUGUUCAAAAUGGCUGAGACCAUAGGAAUUGACAAAAAUGAUAUCCCCGAACUCACUCAGGCCCCAGAGAGUCUCCUGCAGUCCCUAGAGACACACCUGAACACCCUGGAUGGGAAGAAGCCAGAGGAUGUUCACAAAGAGGAUGAGUCGCCGACAAAGGAACCCGAAGCCAAUGGCUCCCCGGCCGCUGCUGCCACACCCCCUGCAGCUGCCCCGGUUGCUCCAGUGCGCCCUGGACCACCUGCCAGACCCACCGUGGCGCCGACCUUCAAGAGCUCUAACAAUGCUCUGCUGGACUUGGAUCCUUUGUCAGCCUCCUCUUCUUCAGCAGGCGGAGCAACUGCCUCUGCCUCUUCAUGGGGAGAUCUGCUUGGUGGCGGUGAGUACCAAGCAACAUUUUGUUCCUUCCGUUCUUCACCUACAGGAGCUCCCAUCCACGGCUUAGAUGCCCCCGCUGCUACUGCCUCUAGCGCCUCCGAGCCCGACGCCGUUGAUGCCAGCGCCCCGGCUGCUCCACCUGUAGCGGUCAAAAUGGCUGCCCCAACUGCACCCCCUGUCACGGCCCCUGUUGCAGCGCUGCCUACACCCGCACCCACCACCUCAGAUUUUGAUCUGUUUGGAGACGCAUUUGCACCGUCCCCAGGCGACGGUCCACCAAGCAGGGCACCUGCUGCCGAUGCAUGUGCUGGAUCUGACCCCUUCGCUCCAUCGGAGGGGAGUGUGAACUUGGCUCCAGAGAUGGACUUCUUUGCUGUGAAGUUCGAUAACACGCCGGCCGCCCCAGAAGCAGCCAGCCCCAUCUCUGGCGCCGUGCCGACCAUUGUCGCCCCCUCUGCUGCCGCCCCCGCUCCCUCCACCACCACCACCAUCACUGAGUCUCCGGCCGCCCCCGCCGCCCCUGCUGCCCCCGCCGCUCCUGCCGCCCCUGCCGCCCCUGCAGCCUCCACUCUAGACCUCUUUGGUGAUGAUAUGUUUGAUUCUAUGCCUGAGCAAAGCCCUACCGCUGAAAAAGCUGAUGAUGCUGUUACUCCUAGCGUAGACCUAUUUGGGGCAGAUCUCCCUACUGUCUCCCGCGGGCCUUCCCCCCUGCCUCCCGAGGCAAACGCUGAUGAACACCUCUUGUCUGGUGUGAAUGAUGCAUUCUGUGCAAUGACUCAGGAACCGGCAGUGACUCCUGCCCCUGCUCCUGUCCAGGCACCUGAACCAGCCCCAGCGGUCUCUCCUCCCAAACCUGAGCCCCCUGCACCGGCUCCUGUCAUUGACCUUCUGGACACCUUUGGUAGUCCCACUCUGUUGGAUUGUACGCCGGCUGCCCCCGGUGGACCAGGAGAGGAUCUGCUGGGUGGACUUAUGUCACCUAGCCUGGCUCCUUCUGCAACCCCUGUCCUGGCACCUGCUCCCCUGACCCCCGCUCUGGCACCAGUCCUGGCCCCAGCUCCGGCUCCCAUCUCAGCCCAGAACGACCUGCUGGAGGGUGGCUUCGACGUACUCGGCCCCCUGGCCCCUCUAACGCCCGCCACCCCAACAGCCACAGAUAAGGCACAGGCCGCCACAGCGCCCUCUGGUGGCUUCGACCCAUCAGGGGACCUGCUAAUGCCAGCAAUAACCCCCCAGUCCACUGGGGGAAGUGUAAGCAGUACUGGUAGUGGGAGUUCCAAGGUGACGGCAGCAGUAGGGGGUGGCAUGGCAGGUGCCCCAGCCAUAAAACGACCAUCCAUCGGGGGCGACCUGGACUCUUCUCUGGCAAAUCUGAUUGGAGAUCUUGGGAUUCAGAGAAAGGACCAUCAGUGGACUGAAAAGAAGCUGACUGGAGGAUCCAACUGGACUCCCCAAGUGGCCCCUCCCAGCUGGGGGGCCCCUGGAUCUAUGAUGGGUGGUCCCGCCCCCGGUGCUUCAGGACCCAUGGCAGCACAGCCUGGCUUUGGAAUGUCUCCAUCAGCCGGAUCAGGUGCUCCCUUAAUGCCUCCUAUGAUGAUGGGCCAACCAAUUAUGGGUCAGCCCAUGAGACCACCUCCGCCAGGAGCUGCACCACCAGGGGCACCGCUGUCUCCAGGACAUGCCGCCGCACAGGCCAAAAAGCCCAAGGACCCACUGGCAGAGCUCAACCUCAAGGACUUGAUGUAAUCCCCCAGCCCAGCUUCUGUUUUUCUGGAACUGGGCCUUGUGAGGCCCUGUCCUGCGUUCUGUACAUUCCAGGACAGCAUGGACCAUUUUCAGCUACUCAACUGGAAACCCCCCAUGUGUAAUGUUGUAGCACAAACUGUGAAAGUGAAAUCUUAACGGGGGAAUAAAAAAAACAAGUGUGUGCUUAAACUAGAUGUAACCCUUUGUCUAAACAAAACUAAAGAAAACCCACAAAAUAAAGUAUGUAAAAGCGAAUCAGAUAAUGGAGCAGAAACUGAAGGCGUAUGUGCUGUAUGUCUUUCUAUAAUCUUUUCCAGUAGUGUUGGUAUGUUGACUCAAGUGACGGAUGCAAGUUUGUUUCAUGCCCUCAGCCAUCGAAUCUGCACUGGCCUUCUGCCUAACUCUAGAGAGGGAGGGGCUUCCAACCCGCCUCCCCCUAGUUGGAUAAGACAGGGUAUGCAAAGCAGCCCCGUCAAUUCUGGAUAAAAUGUGCAAUGUGUCGUUAGCAGAAGGUCUUCGUUGUUGCUGUAUAUACAGUACCUGUCAAAAGAUUGGACAAACCCAUUCAAGGGAAUCCCUAAAGAUUAUGUCUACUCUCUGUCUGAGGAAGAGCAUAUUGAUGUGAAUCUGAUAUCAAAAUGUAAGAGGUCAUGCGACUAUUAUGUUAUCUCCUGUCAUCUUUUAAACGUAUUUGGAAAUAAAUAUACAAAUAUAUGAUAAACAAGAAUAAUCAACAUGUACGCUCUCCUGAAUUACUAUUGUAUGAUUUUUAUUUUAUUUAUUUUUUUAUAUUGUUUAUCAUAUCUAGCCUUAUUUGUAAUAUCUCUCUUUGUUGAUAUUUGUUUGUGAACCUGCUUUAAAACACUGAAGGAUAUUUUUAUCAACAGAUCAUAAUUCUUUGCUUAUUUUCAAAGAAAACGUCUUUAUAUUUUCAUUAUUCCUAUUCCAUGUAAUGGUCAAACAGUGCAUGUCAGCAAAUAAAUCUUGCCAGUAUGUCAUAUCUCUCAGUACAGAAGAGAAUUGUCAAACCACUUAACAAGUUAUCAGUUUACUUCCUGGUAUUACCGUGAUUCCGCCUAUGGAUCUUUAGCUUUCCUCCGCAUCAGUGAUAUAGUAAAUCAUUUGAUUUUAUUAUUGACAUUGUUACUAUGACUUGGCAAAGGUUGAUAAUGUAUACAGUAUGUGGUGUUAUUUUUGUAACUGAGAAGAAUCUGAAACAGCCCUAUCUCCCUAUCUCCUUUUACUGAGUGAAUCAGUAAAAGUGUAUGUGGUAAUAUGGUCAUAGAGAGUCUGUGUCUAGUCAGAGGAGGACACUGUUAAACAGUGUGGCUUACAUGUCUAUCUAGGCAGCUGUUUAGAGCCAUCAAAACUAGUCCUCUGCUGAACACACCCAAGAAAUAAUGGAUAAUGUGUUUUUUGUCAUUGCAAGUGACUGUUUCGACAAUAUUGUUGUGAGGUAAAAAAAAGGUUAGACAAAUGGGAAACAAUAUUUUUUUUGUUAUUGAGUUCCUUCAUGUUUUUUUAAUAUAUAUAUUUUUAUUUUUAUUUACUGCUCCUCUCCCCAGUGCAUGUAAGCCCUUUGAGAUGCAAUAAACUCAUUGACAGAAGGAAUCGCCCAUAAAGGCUCUAUUGUUUUUCUU